AUGGCUUCCAGCCCGCUGCCGGGGCCCAACGACAUCCUGCUGGCGUCGCCGUCGAGCGCCUUCCAGCCCGACGCGCUGAGCCAGCCGCGGCCAGGCCACGCCAACCUCAAACCCAACCAGGUGGGCCAGGUGAUCCUCUACGGCAUUCCCAUCGUGUCAUUGGUGAUCGACGGGCAGGAGCGCCUGUGCCUGGCGCAGAUCUCCAACACACUUCUCAAGAACUUCAGCUACAACGAGAUCCACAACCGCCGCGUGGCGCUGGGCAUCACGUGCGUGCAGUGCACGCCAGUGCAGCUGGAGAUCCUGCGGCGCGCGGGAGCCAUGCCCAUCUCAUCGCGCCGCUGCGGCAUGAUCACCAAGCGCGAGGCCGAGCGUCUGUGCAAGUCGUUCCUGGGCGAAAACAGGCCGCCCAAACUGCCCGACAACUUCGCUUUCGACGUGUCGCACGAGUGUGCCUGGGGCUGCCGUGGCAGCUUCAUCCCCGCGCGCUACAACAGCUCGCGCGCCAAGUGUAUCAAAUGUAGCUACUGCAACAUGUACUUCUCGCCCAACAAGUUCAUUUUCCACUCCCACCGCACGCCCGACGCCAAGUACACUCAGCCAGACGCUGCCAACUUCAACUCGUGGCGCCGUCAUCUCAAGCUCACUGACAAGAGCCCCCAGGACGAGCUAGUCUUCGCCUGGGAGGACGUCAAGGCCAUGUUCAACGGCGGUAGCAGAAAGCGUGCUCUACCCCAGCCGGGCGCACACCCCGCCUGCCACCCGCUCAGCUCCGUCAAGGCGGCGGCAGUGGCAGCCGCGGCCGCCGUGGCAGGGGGCGGGGGACUGUUGGGCCCGCACCUGCUGGGCGCGCCCCCGCCGCCGCCGCCACCGCCACCCCUGGCGGAGCUGGCGGGCUCACCACACGCUCACCACAAGCGGCCGCGAUUCGACGACGACGACGACUCCCUGCAAGAGGCGGCCGUCGUGGCCGCCGCCAGCCUCUCGGCUGCAGCCGCCAGCCUCUCAGUGGCGGCGGCCUCGGGCGGCGCCGGGGCUGGAGGGGGCGGAGCCGGGGGUGGCUGUGUGACCGGCGUCGGCGCCGGCGCGGGGGCAGGCGCGGCGGCUGGCGCCAAAGGACCGCGCAGCUACCCGGUCAUCCCGGUGCCCAGCAAGGGCUCGUUCGGGGGCGUGCUGCAGAAGUUCCCAGGCUGCGGAGGCCUCUUUCCUCACCCUUACACCUUCCCGGCCGCAGCCGCCGCCUUUGGCUUGUGCCACAAGAAGGAGGACGCGGGCGCCACAGCCGACGCCCUGGGGGGCGCGGGUGCUGGCGGCGCGGGAGCGGCGCCCAAGGCCGGCUUGUCCGGCCUCUUCUGGCCAGCGGGCCGAAAGGACGCCUUCUACCCGCCCUUCUGCAUGUUCUGGCCGCCGCGGACCCCCGGCGGGCUUCCAGUGCCCACUUACCUCCAGCCCCCGCCACAGCCGCCCUCGGCGCUGGGAUGCGCGCUUGGUGACAGCCCGGCCCUGCUGCGCCAGGCCUUCCUGGACCUGGCCGAGCCCGGCGGCGCCGGGGGGAGCGCUGAGGCUGCGCCCCCGCCGGGCCAGCCCCCUCAAGUAGUGGCCAACGGCCCGGGCUCCGGCCCACCGCCUCCUACGGCGGGCGCCGGCGCUCACGACGCGCUCUUCGAGUCGCCCCGGGGCGGCAGCGGCGGGGACUGCAGCGCGGGCUCCACGCCUCCCGCCGACCCCGCCGCUGCGUCCGGGCCUGGGGCUGCGGCCGGCGGAGCGGGCCCUGCGGGCUCCCGGGUGCCCGCACCUCACCACCCGCACCUUCUGGAGGGGCGCAAGGCAGGGGGUGGCAGCUACCACCAUUCGAGCGCCUUCAGGCCAGUGGGCGGCAAGGACGACGCGGAGAGCCUGGCCAAGCUUCACGGGGCAUCGGCGGGCGCGCCGCACUCGGCCCAACCGCACCACCACCACCACCAUCACCAUCACCACCCCCACCACCACCAUCAUCCCCCGCAGCCGCCGUCACCCCUGCUGCUACUGCCCCCGCAGCCCGACGAGCCGGGUUCUGAGCGCCACCACCCGGCCCCGCCGCCGCCCCCGCCCCCGCCUCCUCCGCUGGCCCCGCAGCCGCACCACCGAGGCCUUCUGUCCCCCGGGGGCACCAGCUGCAGCUACCCCAGCGAGGACAGCUCUGAGGACGAGGAGGAUGAGGAAGAAGAGCAGGAAGUGGACGUGGAGGGCCACAAGCCCCCAGAGGGCGAGGAAGAGGAAGAGGAAGGUCGAGACCCUGAAGAAGAUGAGGAGGAAGACGAGGAGACCGGGGUUCUACUGGGAGACCCCUUAGGUGGAGGCGGCCGCUUCCUCCAGGGCCGAGGGCUGUCGGAGAAGGGGAGCAGCCGGGACCGCGCUCCAGCCGCCGCGGGCGCUUUCCCGUUGGCCCUGAACUCCUCCAGGCUGCUGCAGGAGGACGGGAAACUGGGUGACCCCGGCGGCUCGGACCUGCCCCCGCCCCCACCCCCGCCCCUGGCCCCCCAGAAAGCGAGUGGCGGUGGUAGCAGCAGCCCGGGCAGCCCGGUCCACCAUCCAUCACUUGAGGAGCCGCCCUCCUACAAAGAUAGUCAGAAAACUAAGGAAAAUAACCAAGUUAUUGUAUCUACAAAGGAUGACAACAGCUUUUCAGAUAAGAACAAGGAGCAUAGCUUUUUCAUCACAGACUCUGAUGCUUCUGGAGGAGAUUUUUGGAGAGAAAGAUCAGGUGAACACACACAAGAAACCAAUUCACCUCAUUCACUCAAAAAGGAUGUAGAAAAUAUGGGGAAAGAAGAACUUCAGAAGGUUUUAUUUGAACAAAUAGAUUUACGGAGACGACUAGAACAAGAGUUUCAAGUGUUAAAAGGAAGCACAUCUUUCCCAGUAUUCAAUAAUUUUCAGGAUCAGAUGAAAAGGGAACUAGCCUACCGAGAAGAAAUGGUACAACAGUUACAAAUUAUCCCCUAUGCAGCAAGCUUGAUCAGGAAAGAAAAGCUUGGCGCCCAUCUCAGCAAAAGCUAA